GGAUCAACAUGGCGGCCAGACGUCUGGCGUCGGUCAUGUGACGCUCCGCCAGCCAAUGGGGAGACGCCUUGUUGCGAGAGAGGCCUGUCACCGCUGCUGAGGGCAGAAAGAGAGCGAGACUAGGAGCUGCUGUUGAGGCCGCCUCAGAAGUCUUCCUCCUCCUCCGCCUGGCCUGCUCCCUCCUCCGCCUCUUCCUCCCCGGGAUGUUCUGAAGGGGCCCCGGCCUUCCGUCGCGCUCCCAGGCCGGCCUCGCGCUGGGGCAGCCGCCGCCUCACCUCAGGUGUGAAUGACCGAAGAGGUGCCUCCGACGGCACUCAGUGAGAUCUACCUUCGCCUCCUGUGCCAUGAUGACAUAGAUACUGUCAAACAGCUCUGUGGCGACUGGUUCCCAAUAGAGUACCCUGACUCAUGGUACCGAGACAUCACCUCCAACAAGAAGUUCUUUUCCCUGGCAGCCACCUAUCGGGGCACGAUUGUGGGGAUGAUAGUUGCUGAGAUCAAGAGCCGGACAAAAGUACACAAAGAGGAUGGUGACAUUUUAGCCUCUGGUUUUCCAGUGGAUACUCAGGUUGCUUAUAUUUUAAGUCUAGGAGUGGUAAAGGAAUUCCGGAAACAUGGCAUAGGUUCCCUCUUACUUGAGAGCUUGAAAGAGCACAUAUCGACCACUUCCCAGGACCACUGCAAAGCCAUCUACCUGCACGUCCUCACCACUAACAACACUGCGAUAAACUUCUAUGAAAACAGAGACUUUAAGCAGCACCACUACCUUCCCUAUUACUAUUCCAUAAGAGGUGUUCUCAAAGAUGGCUUCACCUAUGUCCUGUACAUCAAUGGCGGGCACCCUCCCUGGACAAUCUUCGAUUACCUCCAGCACAUCGGUUCGACCCUGGCCAGUCUGAGUCCCUGCAGCAUUCCCCAGAGGAUCUACCGUCAUGCCCAGGGCCUCCUCUGCAGCCUUCUGCCCUGGUCGGGCAUUACGGCAAAGAGCGGCAUCGAAUACAGCCGGACCAUGUGACACCAAGGUGGAUUCUUCCCAGCAUUGCUGCAGCUGCUGCAUCACUCUGGGGCUCUGCACACUGUAAACAUGCCCUGCGACUCCAGAUGCCCCCCACCGACCGACCAGGAUGCUGCCUCCCGCUGCGCCACCCCAACUCCCCCAUUGCGAUGGUGUUCCUCAAGGGCCGCCAUCCCACGCGGUCAGUCCCUGAGCCGGCCAUUCUGCAGGCCUGAGCUUGGGCUGAGGACAUGUGUGGUGGAAGGAGAAGGACUGAGUCCGUGGACAAGAAGGAGAGUGGCAGAGUGGCCACAAGAAAUGCAUCUUCUUUCUGACUUUCUGUCUCUCCUUCUGUCUUUCUGUCAUCUUCCCUUUCUUUCUUUCUUGGCAUAGAAGUUGUCGCAGGGCCUCCAACAGCUCCCCGUGUUUCUUUUUGCUGCUGAGAGGCCGGGAGGCUCUCCCCUUCCACCUCUCCACCUACUUCUGCAAAUCAAGCCCCUGAUGCCCAGGGAAUGAAAUUGCUGUUUCAUAGUGAAAUACGUUAUGUGUGUGUAUAUGCAUCGGUAUACACAGUGUACAGGGUAUCCUGCCUUUGCUCUGGGCUGGAAGGGGAAGUGCCGGGUAGGCACCCAUGUCUCUGAAUGGCCUUGGGCUUCCCGUCAUCCUGUGGAACACCCCCCUCCACCCAAACUGGGAAGUCACACAGGGCAACCCUGGGCUGGCUGUGGCUCCACUGGCCUUUAGGAGGCCCCUUCCUCCAGCCCUCCAGGUUUGCAGUAAUGCUCUGGAUGUGGUUUGCCUUUUGCUAAACAGACCACGCACAGAUUGAAGAAUGGCUGAGCCUGAAUCCCAUGUGCAAGCAGGACAAGCGUAGCAUUUAAAGGUCUUAUCAUGGCAGGAGGAGGCCAGGUAACAGGGGAACCCCUCCUUCUCACCGUCAGGCUGGCCUUGUUUUCCUCCCUGUAUUGGUGGUCCUCCUCCAAGUCCUGCACCUUUCUCUUUUGAAAGCAGCUCUGUUUUUCCCUAGUAGAUCUAGAGACUUCUCUUUCUGGUGGGAAUGAGGGAUCCUGCCAUUGUAUGGCUUAGGAAAAAGGGCUCUUAUGGUCCUUAAAAGGAAGGAAGCCAGCAAAGGGCAGUAGAAGCAUAAACUAGAACUGACUAAACUGAAUAGUGCUGGUCAGAGCAAGGGGUACAUCCCAGGUGAUCUCGCUCCCUCUCCAAAGAGGGCCUUUAGAGGAUGAUCAUCGUGGCCAGGUCCCUCCGCUGUUGUCCCUUUGAGCUGCCUCAUUUAGGACAGAGCAAGGCUGUUGCAAGGCCCCCCCCUCCCCAAAUGCCCUGAGACCCCCUUCCCUGCCUGCAUUUGAGUCUCCUUUUUGCUUGGGAGUGUCUCGAGUCUGAUCAGUGCACCCUGCUCUUUGGGUGGCUUUGAUCACUCGAUGCCCCUUCUCCUCGCUGCCUCUUGCCCUUUGGACCCCUUCCAACAAGAAGAGAAUGGUGGCUUCAGGAGGAAAAAGGGGGCAGACACCCCUUUCGGAGGAAAGGCCCCCUUCUCCCUGGUGCCACCUGCACGCCUGCUGUAUCCCCCCCCCCCCCUCUAUUUAUUGACGAGCGACCGUCAUCCAGUCACUUUACAUGUCUUUGAUUAAAAGGUUUUGUUUUGUU